GAGAGGAGGGGGAAAGGAAGGACAAAAAAGAAGGGGGACACUGCACUGUUUGUUUUCGUUUUAUUGCUUUGAAUUGCAAAAAAAGUACCGGUUCUCUUUAAGUUAAAGGAUAAAUCAUUGCUAACGGCUUCCAUCUUUACUUAAGUUCUAGAUAGUAGGCUACGAGGGGCACGCAGUUAUUUUAAGUGAUCAGAGCAUUUGUUGCUGUUCUAGCUACUUUGUAAAGAAAAAAGAGACACGCGGUUUGCAGUCCUGUAAGUGCUUUUUAGCGACUCGACAAUUUGAGACAAGACUCAGCGUAACAAAUAAUCAAAACUGGAAGUAGUUUUAUGUGACUUUAUUUAUAUUAUCAAAGAGUUGCCAGAUGUCAUUGAGCUCUGCGAGAAAGCUAGAAUAACAUCUCCAUUAGUGGCCUUUUUAAAUCACACAGCUAAACAAAUACGGGGAAGAAAACCAGAUCUACUGUACCAGCCGGUUAUUUACAUCAUUGCGGACUAUGGCGGCGGUAACAAGUCCAGAAUCGAGCCAGCAAGCUCGCGUUUACUUCCAGACGCCCACCGGAUCAACUGAAGAAACCGAGACCCCGGUCCGCAAGCAAGGACGGGUCACAGUGAAAUAUGACCGGAAAGAACUGAGAAAAAGACUUAAUUUGGAAGAGUGGAUUAUUGACCAGCUAACGGAUCUCUACGACUGCGAGGAGGAGGCCAUUCCAGAGCUGGAGAUUGAUGUAGAUGAACUAUUGGAUAUGGAGAAUGAUGUAGAUCGUGCUGCAAGAGUCAAGGAACUGUUGGUAGACUGUUAUAAACCUACUGAAGAGUUUGUAGCUGAAUUGUUGGACAGGAUCCGUGGCAUGCAGAAGCUCAGUACUCCUCAGAAGAAAUGAAGCUCCAGCCGCCUCCACCUUUCCUCAUCGUAUCCCGCUUCUCCUUUUGCAAUUUAGGGGCGUUUCUAUUUACCCCUGAGCAGGUGCUCAUCCUGUCCCUGGGCUCUGUUGCAUCUGUUGAGAAGGAGGUGGAGGGAAAGUUACUGGAGAUUCAAUCAGAUCCUUAUAAGCAGGGCUUAUUUUUUUUAUAAUUUUGUUGUUUUAUUUGUAUUAUUUUAUUCUGUUUGGCUUUUUUUGUAAAGGAGGAACGAAUUUUGAAAUGUUUUGGAAUGUAUUCUUUUCUUGUUGUUACACAUUAUUGUGCAUAUUAGUCUUUAUGCAUAGUAUAAUGUUAUUUUUAUGAAUUAGUUUUCUUAGAAUUGUACCUUUUAAAUAUGGUUUCAGAGCUCCCUGCACUGUCUCAAUGAACACAUGGACUAAAUCAGUUGUGAAACUGUGACGUUCCUUGGUUUAAAAUGACUUCAGAGGAGAUCAGACAGAAGCGGCCUUGUGGAUUUUUUCUUUUUUUUUCUUUAAAUAAGUGUUCAGGAACAUUAAAGAACAUUUUAAUUAAAAGGAAAAAAACAAUAAAUAAAGCAAUCAAAGCUGUUUGAAGCAAGGGAGUUACUUCAGAUUUGUGAUAUUAACAGGGGAGGGAACAGUGAGGCUUUGAUACUUUAAUUUCCCCCUGUCUUAUACACACACACACACACACACAAAUCCAUGGGCAUCACCACCCUCAGGGAUCAGGAGAAAUUACCACGUACACUACCACAACCACAGCUGCGGCUCUUGGGCCUCACACACACAAACAUUCACAGAUGUGCAUGCUGACUCUUUCAGAGAUAGGGAGGGACUGGAUGAUAGCAGGCUAGACAUGCUGCAGUACGUCACAGUCACUGGCAAACGUAUGUAAAAAAAUUAAUCCUCUCACGUGACUCUCCUAAAUCAUCUUUCCAAGGAUGCCAUCUGCUCUUUUUGUCUCAGCCAAUCAAAUACUAUAAUAAGAGGGCUAAUACUCUCACUCGGUGCUCUUGAAAUUCACCAAUCCAACAUUUCUAGCAGGAGUUUUAGGAUAGCGAUUUCUAUCACAUACUAACACAUCUACAGUAUAUGAAUCAUUCACUGAAACUCAUCCUGUCAUUCGCUUGGGAGUGAUAUGAAGUCAGGUAGAAUGACAGAUGUCCACUUGUUUUAUUUUUUCAUUAUUAAUAAAAACAUUUAUUUUACUUUUUCCCUAUUUUUUUUACCUGCCCAUCUGCAUUUCAUUUUACAUGACAGUCAUGUUUAUACUUUCAGAUGCUGCCUUAGGUUACAUUCGUUCUGACAACCAAAUAAAUAAAAUCAUGUUAGAUAAAUACACAAGGGGGAAAGGAAAUAGAAAAGACCUACACAAGUUGAAUUUUCUAGAAUAAAUAAAAUUGUACUUUCAGUGAUUCUUUUUUUUUCUAGGAAAGGAAGUUGACUAUAUUUGGAGCAAUUUUAGAUGCAUUAACAUUUAUUAACAAAAUUUAAUCAUCUGUUGUGUGGACCUUGUAGUACUGUUGAUUUCUCUGUUGUGUCCAAUGGGACGUGCAGAUUAAAAUAAUUAACUUGACUUUAAAAAAAAAUAAUAAUACAGAUUUUGGAAAUGUUAGAAUUUGUGCUCGAGGUCAUACCUUUUAAAGGAAAAAAAAGUAUAUUGUAGCAAUACUAAACUGAUUUGUUUUUUGCCCAGUUUUUACACUUUUAUGCAAGUUUAAUAAAAACAUGUAAAACUA